GGAUAAAUUGAAUUCGACGCACCAAUCAGGAGCAUCCACGAUCUAAGCUCCGAUGUUUGUUGUAAGUUGUAGAAUAACGUCUGCUAGAAUGGCAGCAAUAAAAUUGAUUUGGUCGUUAUUCAUAAAUUUAACAAUAUUUGUAAUAUUAACUGUGGCAGGGAGAGAUUUUUAUGCCAUUUUAGGCAUACCAUCGACAGCAAGCCAACAUGCAAUAAAGAAAGCAUACAGAAAGUUGGCGAAAGAAUUACAUCCUGAUAAAAAUAAAGAUGAUCCAGAUGCUUCUCAGAAAUUUCAAGAUCUAGGUGCAGCUUAUGAGGUCCUCUCAGAUAAUGAGAAGAGAGAAAUGUAUGACAAAUGUGGAGAAGAAUGUUUAAAGAAGGAUGGCAUGAUGAACAAUGCUGAUCCGUUUGCAAGUUUUUUUGGUGAUUUUGGCUUCCACUUUGGUGGAGAGUCUCAACAUCAGCAAGAAACACCUAAAGGUUCCAAUAUUAUAAUAGACUUAGUAGUUACUUUAGAAGAAUUGUAUAGUGGAAACUUUAUAGAGAUAACAAGAAAUAAGCCAGUUGCGAAGGCAGCAAAAGGAACAAGAAAGUGUAAUUGCAGACAAGAAUUAGUUACUCGUAAUUUAGGGAAUGGAAGAUUUCAAAUGAUGCAACAAUCAGUUUGUUCAGAAUGUCCAAAUGUUAAAUUUGUUACUGAAGAACGUGUACUGGAGGUUGAAGUAGAACCUGGUAUGGUAGAUGGACAGGAGACAAAAUUUACAGCAGAAGGUGAACCACAUUUGGACGGGGAACCUGGAGAUUUAAUUUUAAAGAUACGAACCCAACCACAUCCAGUCUUUGAAAGAAUUGGUGACGAUCUAUACACAAAUGUUACUAUAUCUAUGCAAGAUGCAUUGAUAGGUUUUAAAAUGGAUAUAGAACAUUUAGAUGGUCACAAAGUGACUAUUCAGAGAGAUAAAGUAACCAAACCAGGAGCUCGUAUUAGAAAAAAAGGAGAAGGAAUGCCUAAUUAUGAAAACAAUAAUCUUCAUGGAACUUUAUAUAUUACAUUUGACGUUGCAUUCCCUGAAACAGAAUUCACUGAUACACAGAAAGAAGAAAUAAAAAGUUUACUUCAACAAGGUUCUGUAAAUCGAAUUUAUAAUGGAAUAAGAGGAAAUUAAGAACUUUAAGUGCAAUGUAUGUACAAAGUGAGAGUAUAAAGAGUGCAUACAACUAAGGUGUGUGUGUUAACUCUGUGUGUUUCUAUAUCAAGUGGUGUUUUCGCUUCCUUGAAAUAUGAAUACCAACAGGUUUGGUAACCAGCCAUGAGGUUAGUAGAAGUGAAUACAUGUAGCAAACGUAAUAACCAUUGCAACACGUACUUCCUUUUUGAGUUUAAGAGACUGGUCACAUACAUUAUUGCCAAUUACUUAUAUGGAUGUCAGCAAUGGUUAAGUAGUUUAUUUAAAAAAAUAAGUUAUUUUUUCUUUAACAUGCGUGGGUGAUGUAUGAGUGUUUUACAUGAACAGAAAUUUUGCAUUUAAAUAGUUUUUAAAUAUUGGACUUAGUAUCCAAAGACAAACAAUUAGCAAACUAUUGUAUUACAAUUUUUCUAUUGAUAUUAUUUGCAAUAAAAUGUACGACACCAUCCGUCAUCAAUAAGAAAUAAGGAUUAUACAAUCAUUUAACUUGCAUUUCAAAUUUUUAUUAAGUAAGUAUAAUUCUUUCAUCAAAUACAACACAAUAUGUUGUAAUGUUUUGUUGCCUUGUGAAUAGUAACUUUAGAAUCUUUGAUAAAAUGGAGGCCACAAAUAAAUUAUAAUUUUUGUAUUUUUAUCAUAAUUCUAAUGUACUUACACCUGUAGUUUUUGUUAAUUUAUCAUUCAGUUUAUAUAAUUAUCUCAAGUACGUCACCGAUUCAUGUUACAAUCAUAUUAAAAGUUAGUGCACAAAUAUUUCACGUAGAACCGAUUUUAAUUCUAUUGAAUAGUGAACUUCAUUUUGUUUGCAAGUAAAAAUCAUUUGCACUGAACUAAAAUCACUGAACGAUUUCGUAGUCCUAAUGAAAAAUAGUCAUAUGCAUAAAUAGUAAAUAUUUUUCUAAACGAAUUAGCACAUUUUACAAAUUCUUAAGUCGGGUAUCAUUAGACCAAUAAUGUGACUUGUCUAUUUCCUAGUUAUCUCAAGAUAAUAAACAAAUUAUUUUAUA